AUGGGGAGGAGAGAGGAGGAGGAGGAGGAGGAGGAAGCGGCACGACCUGACCUCACUGCUGAGGAAGAGCAGUCUCUGAGCCCAGCGACUGGCAGAGACGAGCCGGGAGGUCAAGCGACGCUUGUGGUGAAGGUGCUGGAGGGGAAGGAGUUGAUGGCAGCGGAUAGAUCCGGGACGUCGGAUCCGUACGCCAUCGUUGAGUAUGGACGUGCGAAGAAACAAACACGAACUGUGAAGAAGGAUUUGAAUCCUGAGUGGAACGAAACUUUCUACCUGGACUUCAACGCAAAAGCAGAGAAAGUCUCGAUAGAAGUGUACGACUAUGACUUGAUUGGGAGCCACGACUUUCUGGGGCGAGUGGAGAUAAGCAUGAGUGAGAUGAAGAUGGAGGCAGUGGUUCAAGACUGGUUCGACCUCAAGGUGACGUGCCUUCACUCACUCGCUGGAUUUGACCCUACGCAGCCUCGUCCCUCGAAGAACGAGAUCGUUUCUGGGAGCCUUCACCUGUACCUCGCCAUAAUCCCCAAAGACAGAGAAGCCGAUCUGAAUCUGGGAUUGGAUGCUCAUUCAUGGCUUGAUCUUGACUCCUUUCGAGCUAAGGGACAUGAAAGAAAGUAUCACACCAUCCGGAUGUACUUUGCAUCGACCUUUGCUGAUUUUCAAGUUGAGUUUGAAUCUCUGUAUACGAGUGUAUUUCCAAAGCUCUCUACUCUAUGUCAGUUGCAUGGGUACGAGUUCAUUCCUGUGGUCAUGCGGUACGGCAUGGAUGAACGGAUGGAUAAGAUGUAUGCUCUCGAUCCUCGGGUAGCUAGACUCUGCUUCCAUGAGAUCGCAGAGUGCAGGAGGAUAUCCCCCCGAGCAAACUUCUGCGCUUUGAUUGGAGAUAGAUACGGGUCGUCACCGCUUCCCCCGUCCUUGGACAAGAACGAGUACAUGGCCAUCUUAUCUCACGUGGAGGAGCAGAAGGAGGAAGAGCUCUACCAGCUCCUGGAGAGAUGGCACGAAAUGUUCAUGCCUCUCGCUCGCCCUCUGAACCUCUGCAGGUAUAAGUUGGACGAGAAUCAGUCCCCCAACCGGGUGCUCCUUCAGAGCGCGGACGGCAAGAUCUCACCUUCCGCCGGCCCUGGAACUUCUGAGCACAAAGAGUGGGAGAGCAUCGAGAGAAAACUGUUCGAAGGUCUUUACAAGAGCUCAAAACAAGUGCUGUUGGUGACAAUCCUAGAGCGAAUGUGA